AUGGAGAUGGAGGAUCGUGAAUCGGCAGGUACCGACUAUGUCUUGGCGAUGCUGGACGCGCUCCUUCUGGCAGCCUGGUCUCUCCCAUUGGAUGACUCGGAUCAUCUUGGCCAAGGUCUGAAAUACACGACAGGCAUAUCGGGAGCACCCGUUCAGCAUGCGAUUCUCUUACUUCGUAAAACAGAGCGUUACGGUGAUGAUGCUGUGGGCACGCGGACUUUCUCGCCGGAGAAGGCCGAGAGCCGGACGCGAUGGAAUGGCCCCAACACCGGGCCGGGGCCGGAGUGGGGUUUACCAAGUCGGCCCCCAAGAUACCUAAUUCAGAAAACGCAGUGUGAGGGAUGUAGAACGAGGCGACUUCAUGCAUUGCUAGAUGACGGCGAGUUUCUCUCGGCUCCUCCAAAGGGUCAAAACACUACGCUCACGCGUUCGCCCGGGCGAAUCUCCAGGGACUCUUCAGUGAGAAGAGCUGCCAAUGAGGGCCAUUCCAGCAAUAAGGCAUUUGCCCUCGAACUAGAUCCAGGCGCACCAACCAUGGAGCGGUAUAUCUCCAAGCCUGGAGCUACUGCAACGCCCGCUCCUCAAGCCACCAUUUGGCCCUAG